AUGAACAACUCCGGCUCCUCUCGUGCUCCUCCCCCUCCCCCGCUGAACUUGGCCUCUCUCCCGCCAGUCAAGUUCAAUCUUGACAAGACCAAGACUGUCGACUCGGAGGUUGUUUCUAUCCCUUCCUCCUCCAAGCGAUCUGCGUCCUACUCAAGCUCGGCUUCGACCUUCUCUGGCCAGUCGUCCUCCCAGAAAACAUCAAGCAGCUUCAUCAAGUCCUCGCCCACCGUCAAUGUUCACACCACCUGCGGUCGUCACACGGAUCAAUACAUCUUCGGUGGCCCUUCGCUGAGAGAUCUGGCAAAGUCCAUCAAGAAAAGGUUUUGA